UCCAGAAGAGAUGUUUAUUAUAAAUAGAGGAUUUGAGAAGGUUGAAGCUCACCUAUUACCCGUAACUCAAGAAGAUCUGUGUACGCGGAGAUAUGCAGACUCAGAAUCUACAUUAGAUAGUGAUGACUUCUCUUUGGACAGCAACCAAAGCACUGAGGUUGAUUUGGUUGAAGAAAUAAGAGCAUCCAUUGAGAAAUCCAAUAUAAUGUCCAAUAUUUGCAAGUCAGUUUGCAAAUCAGGAGUUGGAGAAGCCCACAAACGGGAAACCCACUCCUUAAAGAAACUUGAUGACAUCUCUCGAAAUAGGGUGAAAUCCACACCAACUUCUAGAAGGCAAAGCGUCUAUAUGCAAGGAUCAAAAAGAGUUAAGGAGGUUGUCCAUCCACAUAUCGUCCAGGAUGCUAAAAAGAACAUGGUGUCAGUAGGACAAAGAAAAAAGAUUUCCUUAGGUGCGGACCAUGUCAAAAUGGGAAAUAAAGUUGCAACCCUUGGAUCUGGGAAAGAUUUUAUAUUAUCCAAGAAAUCUGGAUUGGGAAACUCAUGUUCCACUAGCUUUACAACAUCCCUUGAAUCAUCUUCUUCAGUUUCUGUCACUACCAGUAGUGCUUCGUCGUUGAAAUCUUCCUCAAACUCGAGAAGAAAAGUAGAUUCUAGGAAAAGUAGUCUUGCUGCCUCUGGUUCAACCUCCAAGACUCUCAGGUGCUCACUAGGAGACACAAUUGUGUUGGAAAAUCCUAGUUUGUCAACCCUUUCAUUGUUCAUGUCAAACCAUUCUUCUUAUGAAUCACCUGCUAGUUCCAUUGAUGGAUGGUCCUCAGAAUCAUCAUCAACUGCCAACCAAAGCUCCAACUGUUUAGAGGUCAGUUUUCAUACCAGUACUUCCAGAGGAGCUUGUUUAGGAAAUGAUGCCACCCAAGCAUUAAAUUUUCAGAGUUUCCCCCAUGAUGAAUGUUUCGAUGAUCAAGAAAGUCAUCAAACAAGGUUUCCAGAUCCAUGUCUUGAAGUAGUUAGGGGAACUGCUAAUGAUCUUGCAAAAUCAACCAGAAAUUUCAAACCUUCGGGUCUCCGAAUGCCAUCACCAAGGAUUGGGUUCUUUGAUGAGGACAAAGCUACGUUGUCGACGGUAGGUAGAGAUUUCCUGUUUCAUUUUGGAGCGCAGAGUGCUUUGCCUAAUAUCAGUGGGGUGACAAACAGAAAAAGGCCGGAUAAACUUCAGACUACCAGAAUUUUACUAGAGAAUGGAGAUACAAAACUUGAUUUUGUGCAAAAUGGAGUGAUAAAUCCUUCUUUGAAUGCCAUUCGUAGAUAUGCAGCAUAG